GCUGUUAACCAUAUGGAUAAGACCAUCAAAGAACUGUUAAAACCAGUUGAACCAGAGAUUGUUGUCGCAAAACAAACAGUACGUUAUGUGAAACAUGGAGACUCCAGAGUUCUUACCAUUAAGGACCAUUUUUUUCAUUAUAUACCGUUGGUGAAAAGUUUGGAGCAGCUGCUAUCACAUCCAAGAACAAUUUUGAUUGAUGAGAGACCAAAGACGUGCAAGGAUGGAUUUUUUCAUGAUUUCAUUGAUGGAGACAUUUUUAAGUCACACCCACUGUUUUUGAAAUUUCCCACAGCAUUGCAGUUGGUUUUAUAUACAGAUGAAAUUGAGCUAUGCAAUCCUCUUGGAUCUCGUGCAAACAAAAACAAAUUGUUAUUGAUUUAUUACACCUUAGGUAACAUCAACCUUAAAUACAGAUCAAGACUUGCCGCUAUUCGUCUGCUUGCCAUGGUAAAAUCAAAAGAUCUUUCUCAUUGUGGUAUUGAUAAGAUAUUUGAGAGGAUUAACCGUGAUUUAACUGAGCUGCGUGAUGGUGUCCAGGUUGUCACUGCAAAAGGUGAGAGGACAAUUUAUGGGGCACUUAUGUCUGUGUGCGGAGACACUCUAGCUCAGCAUGAAGUGGCUGGAUUUAAGAUAGGAGUGGGAUUUGCCUACAGUAAAUGCAGGCACUGUGAAUGCAACUUUGAAGACAUGCAGGAGCAAUUUAAUGAAGAUUUGUUUGUUAAAAGGACAAUGGCAAGUCAUAACAGUCAAUGUAAUGACAUUGAGAAGACAAAUACUGACUUUCUGAAAGACAAUCUAAAAACGACCUAUGGCAUAAACAGGAGAAGCAAAUUAACAGAAUUUCCUCACUUUGAUAUAAUCAAUCAAACCCCACAAGUCAUCAUGCAUGUCAUUCUUGAAGGUGUUGCCCCAUAUGAAAUCAAAUGUGUUUUAAAGCAUCUUGUUCUUUCAGGACAUAGGGACUUAGAUGCAUUCAACAGUGCAAUUAUUGGUUUCCCUUAUUCUCCUGUGGAUGCAAGGGAUAAGCCUUGCCCCAUAUCUGUCAAUACACUGUCAUCAAAUGACAAUAAAUUGAAACAGUCAGCUGGGCAGAUGCUGUUUUUGUUAAAGAUUCUGCCUUUUCUUAUUGAUAAAAUUGGAGACAAUUAUUACACACAAAUGCUACUUAAGUUGUUAGAGAUAGUCAAAAUUCUGUUUUCACCUAUGACACACAAUCUGUGUUACAGGCCUGCUACGCGGCCCAACACCCCCAUCUAUUCAGAUGGGGGUUUCUCCUACUGCCUGACUGCCUUCCCGUUAUCGGACCUCCGUCUGCCUGACUACCUGUCCAUCGUCGAGCCCUUGCCUACUCGAUCGCCCACCCGGCACCAGACCCCCGCCUGCCUGACAUCCCGCCUCGCUUGCACCAAUAAAUCCCGUUGCCCUUACCCUGUCUCCGCCUCCCUGUGA